UGCUCGGCGUUGCUUGGUCGGAUUGGGUGGGCUGAGGUGGGAAUGGAGCUGGGAGCAUGUGAUUGGCUGUCGGGACGGAGCAAUGUUUAACCGAGCCGCCGAUCGCAAAUCGAAACAUCAACGCCGCACGGACAAGCUUGGAACAUGGGAAUUGAGCCUACACGUGGGAUACGCAACAACACUGAUAGGUAAGAGGGCAUACAGCCUUCUUAUACUGCUGGUGUCAUCAAUGAUGGCAUUCUCAUCGACAAACCCCGAAAGGAGCUGCAGGAUCCCGUCCAAAGUGCCGGUAUCCGCUGUCGUGUGCCCUCUUGCUAGUUUUUCACUCGUAUCGACAGCCAAGCCGUUGCUUGCCAGAGUCGCCCAGAACAAGACCUUGGCGCUCCGCCCCUAUGCGAUUCCAGACGCAAACCACGUUGUGAAAUGCCCGCCUGUGAUUCGUUUCAGAAUUUGA